AUGGCGCAGUCUAGCUGCGCUUACGCGGUUUUUAUAAAAUCAGAACUGAAAGUCGGCGUUAUCUAUGUGAAAGAAGAUCAAUAUUCGGAAGAGCAAAUUUUAGACAAUAACGAAAAUUCCAUACUCUUCGAUGAAUUCCUAACGCUACUCGGCGAUCGUGUGCGUUUACGUGGUUUCGACAAAUACAAAGGUGGCCUUGAUACGGUGCAUGAUCUGACAGGUCUCUAUUCGGUUUACACCAAUUGGCGUAACAUUGAGAUUAUGUUUCAUGUAUCCACUCUCUUACCCUACGAGAAGCAUGACCCGCAAAAGCUGCAACGCAAACGACAUAUAGGCAAUGAUAUAGUCUGUGUUGUUUUCCUAGAAGCGGAUAAUACGCGCUUUAGUCCUGCCUGCAUAAAAUCUCAUUUCCUACAUACAUUUAUACUGGUGCGAGUCUCGGCUCGAAUUAAACACAAGCCGACGCGCUAUGAGGUUUCGGUGGUGACGCGCGAUGAAGUCGGCGCCUACAAGCCGUAUCUCUGGGAGCAGUCCGUGUUCGAGAAGGGGCCAAUGUUUCGAGAAUGGCUACUCACGAAAAUUGUCAACGGCGAGCGCGCUUCGUAUUCGGCACCGAAAUUUGCCCGCAUGCAAGAACGUACACGCUCACAAAUGCUCGAGGAUUUGGUGAUGAAUUUAUCGAAUCACGCGGAAACCGGACAGAUACCGAAACCGUACCGUAGGGGCUCGUGGCGACCCAUCGGUGAGGAUGAAUAUAACAAAAUGUUGCAUGCAAGAGUUUUAGCCCAUGGGACGGCCACACCGCAAUCGUCGUCAGAGGGCGUUGAUGUGUGCUGUGUUAAUCUCGGUUCCAAGCAUAGUAUUCUUACCACUGCCCUUCCGUUUUUUUUAUUGCUCCACUUUUCGACUUCAUUUCGUCUUUCGUUUCGUACUCGCUUUUCUUUGUUUUUUUUUUUCUUUUUUCGUCGCUGCUCUUCUUCUUUCAUCUCUGCAGAUCGUGACAGCAAAGACAAGGACAAGGACAAACCGGGUAAUAAUCAACUUGCGGUGCCGCGACUCUCCGUGUGCGCUGACGCUCAGAAGGUGGAUCGCGCGAAGCUGGCACAGACUGAAUUCAACAUUAUCGAGUUCGAUCCGGACACGUUUCGGGUGCUACUGGACUAUCUGCAUACCGGCACUUGUCCGCUGACAUGUGUCUCCAUACCAGGCCUGCUCUGCGCUGCCGAACACUACGAUCUACCAGAGCUUCUGCAGGCUUGCUUCCAUCAUUGCAAACAGUUCCUGCGCAUCGAGGUUGUCUGCCCGAUGCUGAUUUCGCUGGAGAACUACUACUGGCGCUACACGUCCGCCUCCGAGCUGGUCAACAUGAUACUCUCCUUUGUGGAGAACAAAGCGCAUGCGCUUUUCAAAUGUCCCGAGUUCCUCAAUCUCUCCGAAUCGAUGGUACAGAUGAUAAUGAAUCGAGAGCUGCAAACGCCCGAGAUACGAAAAUUCGAGGCGAUGCUUAUGUGGGCAAAGAAUAAGGUGGCGAAAAUGAAGAAUCACCCGAAUAAGGACACACAAUUUGAGUUCGAAUGUAUUAUGGAACGAUUGACGCGCGAUCUCAAUUUGUGUCGCAUAUCGCCCAGUGAGCUGUUGACGGUGGUGCUGCCUUCGAAAGCACUGAAGAAUGAGCGCAUCAUGGAGACUCUCAUGAUGCAAGUCAAUCUGGGCACUUAUCGCAUGCAGGAGUUGGACGAGUACCGACAGCAGUUGCGCAGCCAAGAAUCAGCUGAGGCGACGGUACAAGUACAUCGGGGGAGCGACGACGACCGUGACGGUGAUGGUGAUGAUGAGGACGAGGAAGGAUUGGGCGCACGCGCGAUAGCGAUAUCCGUGCGCGGGGUGUCCACAGAAACAUACGAUGCCCUAGACAACGAGGUGGAGAUGUACGCCAGUUUCGAGGUGGCGCCGAGCACGAGUCGUGUUGCUGCACAAAUGCAGAAAGUGCGCCGCAAGCGAUGGGCGGCUGAUGGCGCCUCGGGCAGCAGCGACGGGGGCGGUAGCAGUAGCGGCCCCAGGCAUUAAGUGCAGCGGGAGAAAAUUUUGCGAUGGUGUGGUAUAUUGGCCAUAGAGAUGGGCGUGGAGCAUUGGUGGGCGGGUGUGGCCUUUAUUUCAUAGACUCUUUAAACUUUAAUUCGAAAAUUUGAUAGUUUUAGGCAUUUUUGCUCAAGUGUUUCAUUUCUCAAUUUGUUUCAAGGUAACUCGAGUUUAUUAAAAACUUCUACUAUUCUUACAAUCUUUGACGUGAUAUUGAAAUACGCAAAAUUUUGGAAUUUAAGC